GCCGCGGGCGCCGCCUCUCGCUCCCCGCAGUGACUGCGCCGGACUCCGCCGGACGGCUGCUGCGCGCAAGGCUGAUCCUACGGCGGCGCCCCUUGCUGACGCGCCCCAGCCCGCAGACCGGCGUCCGUGCGGAAGACGCAGCUGGGUAAUAUGUCGGCCUCCCUCGUUCACGCUGGUGGCGUCCAGGCCGCGUAGACGACACUCGCCAUGUACUCCGAGUGGCGCUCCUUACACCUCGUGGUCCAGAGCGACCGGGGCCACCUGAGUGUGCUGCACACGUAUCCCUCUGCCGUGGGCCGUGAUGUCGCCAAUGCCGUGGUGCGCCCCCUGGUGCUCAGCUCCCCGCCGACUGAAAGUCUCCUCAAAACGGACAAAGAGGUGAAGUGGACGAUGGAAGUUCUCUGCUAUGGGCUCACGCUACCUCUGGAUGAAGAUACGGUUCGGCUGUGCGUUGACGUCUACACUGACUGGAUCAUGGCGCUGGUAGCUCCUCGGGAAUCCAUCCCUCAACCCAUCAUCAAGGAGCCGAACCUCUAUGUGCAGACCAUCCUGAAACACCUGCACAACCUCUUCCUGCCCAGAGCUGAGCAUUACACUCCCAGCCACUUCCGCCUUUGCCAGCGGGUGCUGAUAGCUGUGGAGAAGCUGGCCCGCGAGUCUGAGAACAUGGUCAGGGAGACCUGGGAGGUGCUGCUGCUCUUCCUCCUGCGCAUAAAUGACACGAUGCUGGCCCCGCCCACCGUCGGGGGGGGCAUUGCAGAGAAGCUGGCAGAGAAGCUGAUCAGCGUGCUGUUUGAGGUCUGGUUCCUGGCCUGCACGCGUUGCUUUCCCACUCCGCCAUAUUGGAAGACUGCCAGGGAAAUGCUAGCUAACUGGAGACAUCACCCCCCAGUGGUGGAGCAGUGGAGUAGGGUCAUCUGUGCCCUCACCUCUAGAUUGUUGCGGUUCACCUAUGGUCCCUCGUUCCCCCCAUUCAAAGUUCCAGAUGAGGACGCCGGCCUGAUCCCGGCAGAGAUGGAUAACGAAUGUGUGGCUCACACCUGGUUCCGUUUUUUGCAUAUGCUGAGCAAUCCGGUGGACUUGAGCAAUCCCAUCAUCGUGAGCUCCACACCCAAGUUCCAGGAGCAGCUGCUGGGCGUCGGUGGGGUUCCCCAGGAGGUCGUCCAACACCCCUGCCUCAAGCAGCUGCCCCAGAUCUUCUUCCGAGCCAUGCGCGGGGUCAGCUUUCUGGUUGACGCGUUUCUCGGGGUUACGGUGUCUAAGAGUACAGUAUGUAAUGGACUUCCUCUUUUAGGAAUUUCUCGGCCCAGGUCUGACAGCGCUCCACCCACUCCUGUCAACAGGCUGACCAUGCCCCCGCCUCCGUCUACCACCAACACCACACCACCUCACAGUCGCCGGCACAAGCCGAGUGGGGGGGCCCGGGCAGCCAGCAAGUCCUCCACGGGAGCUCCGUCCCACCCGCCCAAGCUGCCCCAUCAGCCGUCCUCCACUUCCCCCCUGUCCAGCCCAAACCAAACGAGCUCCGAGCCCCGGCCCCUGCCUGCCCCGACACGGCCCAAGGUCAACAGCAUCCUUAAUCUGUUUGGCCAAUGGCUGUUUGACGCUGCUCUGGUGCACUGCAGGCUCCACAACGGAAUGAACCGGGACAGCAGCAUGACCGCCUUAGCCACCCAAGCUGGAGUGGAGCUGCGUAGGAAGAGCUCCCAGAUAUCCACAGACACUCUGGUCUCCAACCCCAUGUUUGACGCCAAUGAGUUCCCAGACAACUAUGAGUCAGGAAGGGCAGAGGCAUGUGGGACACUAUGCAGGAUAUUUUGUAGCAAGAAGACUGGGGAGGAAAUUCUUCCUGUCUACCUUUCCAGGUUUUACAUGGUUCUUAUCCAGGGUCUUCAGAUCUCCGAAUUCAUCUGCCGCCCCGUACUGGCCAGCAUAAUCCUGAACUCGUCUGCUCUCUUCUCUUCUGACCUGAAGGGGAUCAAUGCCGUGGUCCCUUACUUUAUCUCUGCACUGGAAACUAUUUUGCCUGAUCGGGAACUGUCCAAGUUCAAGACGUACAUCAGUCCUACGGACCUGAGAAGAGCCUCUAUUAGCAUUCUGCUAUCGAUGCUGCCCCUACCCCAUCAUUUUGGAAACUUGAAAUCCGAGGUUCUUCUGGAAGGAAAGUUCAGCAACGAUGACAACGCGCACCAUGACAAGCCUGUGACAUUUCUCUCCUUAAAACUGCGUCUGAUUAACAUUUUGAUCGGUGCCCUGCAGACUGAGACUGACCCCCACAACACACAGAUGAUUCUUGGGGCGAUGCUGAAUAUCGUCCAGGACUCUGCAGUUUUAGAAUUGACGGGGACGCAAGCUGAACUGGUGCCGCAGGGCAGUGGCGAGGGCUGCCACGUGUCGGCGAAGAGCCACAGCAGGAACAACAGCGGCAUCAGCUCCACCAGCAGGGGGAGCUCUGACAUCACCACCCCAGACAGCGAGCGACCAGCUCAGGCCCUCCUCCGGGACUAUGCUCUUCAUACAGACACGGCCACCGGCCUUCUGAUUCGAUGCAUCCACCUGGUCACCCAGAGGCUCAAUUCCCAGUGGAGGCCGGACAUGAGCAUCUCACUGGCAGCUCUGGAGUUACUGGCCGGCCUGGCUAAGGUGAAGGUCAACGUCGAGUCCUCGGACAGGAAGCGCGCCGUCAGCUCCGUGUGCGGUUACAUCGUGUACCAAUGCAGCCGGCCCGCACCCCUGCACUCCCGGGACCUGCACUCCAUGAUCGUGGCGGCCUUCCAGUGCCUGUGUGUGUGGCUGACAGAGCACCCCGACCUGCUGGAUGAAAAGGAUUGCUUGAUAGAGGUGCUGGAGAUCGUAGAGCUGGGGAUAUCAGGGAGCAAAUCAAAAACCGGUGACCAGGAAGUGAGGUACAAGGGUGAUAAGGAGCACAACCCCGCCUCCAUGAGGGUCAAAGACGCGGCAGAGGCCACAUUGUCAUGCAUCAUGCAGGUCCUGGGUACGUUCCCCACCCCGAGCGGCCCAGCAUCUCCCUGCAGCCUCCUAAACGAGGACACCUUGAUCAAGUACUCCGCUGGCAGGAGCAACUUCCGUUACUUCAUUCUGGAUAAUUCUGUCAUCCUGGCAAUGCUGGAGCAGCCUCUGGGGAAUGAACAGAACCCCUGCCCGUCCCUGACUAUGCUGAUUCGAGGGAUGUCUGGGAGACACGCCUGGACCAUGCAGCUCUUCCACCAGCCCAGAGGGGCCCGAGCCAAUCAGAAGCAGGCGUUUGUCCCUGAGGGCCGGCCCACACCCAAAAAUGACGUUGGCGUUCGGUUCAACGUUAAACAUAGACCUUUUCCAGAAGAAGUGGACAAAAUUCCGUUUGUUAAAGCUGACCUCAGCGUCCCAGACCUACACGACAUUGUAAAUAAGGAGUUGGAGAUGCACCAUGACAAGCUGCGCAAUGUGAUGGAGAAGCAGGUGGAGUAUGAGGUGGCUCUGGAACGCCACAGCGAGGAGAUCUGGAAGAAUAAGCCUUUCCCAGACCCGCUGGUGGACUGCAGGCCGCCCCCCUCCUCGCAGGAGUUCCAGAGCGCCCGCCUCUUCCUCUCGCACUUCGGUUUCCUGUCCCUGGAAGCCCUGAAGGAGCCAGGCAACAGCCGACUGCCCCCCCACCUUAUUGCCCUGGAGUCCUCCCAGCCCAGCUUCUUUGAAGACAUCAGAUACCUGGACUUGCUCCCCUGCCGGCCAUUUGACACGGCUUUCAUAUUUUACAUGAAAGCGAAGCAAAAGAGCUGCCAGGAGAUCCUAAAGAAUGUAGAGUCCUCCAGCAACGUCCAGCAGCACUUUGUGGAGUUCUUGUUGUCUCUGGGCUGGCCCGUGGAGGUGGGCACUCACCCGGGCUGGACGGGCAGCGCGUACACCAGCUGGUCCAUCAACACCUGCAGCGGUGCCGAAUUCCAGCGGCGUGAUGAGGCAGUUGUUUUGGGGGACACGGGGGGCGGCGUCUUCAACGGCGAGAAGAGGGUCCUGUACUACGCCGACGCGCUGACGGAAAUCGCCUUCGUCGUCCCCUCGCUAAUGGACACUUCUUCUGAAUCACCAGAGAACAGUCUGCCUACCAAAGAGGCUCCGUCUCAGAUGGAUCUACUGCCCAGCAUGCUGAAGCAGGCCAACCUGAAGCUGGAGCUGUUCCCAGACCAGUCAGAGAACAUUGCCCCCGCCCAAAGGAGUCCCACCGUCAAGAUGAGGAAAGUGACCCCAGGAAGGUCGCUCCCCCCCCUGGGGCCGGAGACGAAAGUGCUGGUUGUCUGGGUCGAGCGUUACGAUGACAUCGAAAACUUCCCUCUUUCUGAGCUCCUCAUCGAGACCAGCACGGGGCUGGAGACCCAUACUGCAAACAGCAGUACUUCUUGCAGGUCCGUCACAUCGGAGAAGGACGUCCUGGUCAUUUUCAUCCAUCCUCUGAAAACAGGCUUGUUCCGCAUCAGGCUGCAUGGCGCUGUGGGAAAGUUCAACAUGGUGGUUCCCCUGGUGGACGGGAUGGUGGUCAGCAGGCGGUCUUUAGGGUUCUUGGUGAGACAGACGGUAAUAAAUGCAUGCAGACGAAAAAGGCUGGAGAGCGACUCCUACAGCCCGCCUCACGUGCGGAGAAAGCAGAAGAUCGCGGAGAUCGCCAACCGAUACCGGAACAAGCAGUUGGAGCCUGAGUUUUACACGUCGCUCUUCCAGGAAGUGGGCGAGGGGAAGAGCAGCCAGUGAGCUGCAGAUACCGGGAAGAUAACUGGGUGCACUGGGUUCUUUGCAUUUCUAUGCCAGUUUGUUUCUUUAUACCAGCAUUUUGGUAGCCUUUUGCUGCAUGAAUAAAAUCUCCCAGAAGGAUGCAGCCUCAUAAACUCCGCUCCCGAUUGAGGAUGGACGCAGCCACGGACAAAACUGUACUUACUAGCAGAGCAUCCUCCCAAAAUUGCUGAGGGAACUGGAGAGGCAGAGUGCCGGGUGCUUUCGUCGCUAACAGUGCAAGUGUUUGUGACACUGGUGUCCAGAAGUGUGUUCAAAACCAAACAGCUUAGCUAAAGGUGGAGGUCCACCAGUCUUUUUUUUUCCAUGAAACAACAUUAUAUAGACAUUGUUUUAGCUGUCUAAUUCUGCCCUGACAUAUUUAAAAUGAUUAUUUUAUGUAUUGUAGCCUUUUUUGGGACAUUUCUUAGUUUCUUUUUUUAGACAUCAUUGAAUGUGAAAACGUAGUUUAUUCUACUUAAUACAAAAAAAUCCAUUACAGAAUUAUUUAUUGAUAUUAAAAAUAAGAUAAUGCAAUUUAGCACGAGAAUAGCCCCUACUAUACUUAAUAGGCUAUUUUAAUGCUGCACUACACUGUAGGUAUAAAUGACAUGACAUUGUAAUAGUUUUUCUCCUUUCAUCAGGAAAUGAGAGCAAUCUUCUCGUUUUGUUGACUUCUUAUAAUAUCUCUGUCUUUUUGAUAAAAUCUCAGGCAGUUUGUUGUGUUCUUUAUGCAUUUAUUUCACCUGGAAAUAACUUCUAUCGAUAUUAACCAGCUGACCUCUGUUUCGGGCAUUUGCUGAGUAUUUUUCUCUUCCUCCCUCUUCAUUACAGUCUCUUGUGUUCCUUAACAUAUACUGUCCUCCUUUAAAGAAAACGAAAUGUAGCUGUAAAGCUCUGUUACUGUCCCAGUAGAAAUAACAGUUCUUUUUAAUGAUAACGAUUUUGAACUUUUGCUACUGUAGAUUACCCAUCUAUUGUUUUUUUUUAUUAUUGUUUUGUGUUUGUUUAAAAGCCAAAAUGACAUUGAGUCUUGCCUGAAUCACUAGUUCAUUUCAGUGUGUCUGUUCCUCCAAGGAUGUUGGGCUGGGUUUCCUGUAAUGCCUGAGAAAAGAAUUUGCAAACAGGCAGAUUGUUCCUGCACUGUUCCAAGCUUUCCGACCUCCAGGCGUCGUCUUCUCCAUUUAAGGGCUCACAUGCUGCUUGUCGCACCUUUUUGAGUAAAAAGAUCAUUUCCGUCUUGUUUCAAUCACCGGUCUCCUAAGGGAAAAUCCCGGUUCUAAUUCUUGCUGGACCUUUCAGUUACAAUUUUUCUUACUGAAAUAUGUAAAUGAUGCAGAAAUAUCAGCGGGUUUCAUGAAUUUGCAGGUGUAUGAGAGCUUAGAAUUUCUUUUUAAUUUUAACUUGAACCACUUUGGUCCCUGUAUGUUUGUUUAUUUCUUGUCAUUUACUAUGUUUGAAGUUAAAAUGAAUUCUGCCAAACUAAGCUGGAGGGCUUUCCUUGCUCUUUUGACCUGCAGUUUGGUUAUGGGUUUAUAAAUAGUAACGUUUUCCUACUUUUUUUAUAUUUCUUAAGGUUAUUCAUUCUAGAUCUUUAGUUCAUUUCCGACUCAAAUGUGACAGAUUCGGGCCUUUUGAUUGUUUGUUUUUUUUGUUUAAACACAUCAUUCAGUUUAGGUUAUUGUUCAUGCUCCAGAGUCUGUGGAAGGUUAAAUAACAAAAGCCAUUGUAUGUAGUACACCCUCGGUUCAGCACAUUGUCUAAAUAAGAUUUUUUAAAUCUGUUUCUAUGAAAGGAUUCGUUUUUUUUUUCUUUUGUAAAUAUUUGCAGUUUUUAACUUGAAAUGUAUAAAGCUGGAAGACCAUGUACAUAUAAAGGUGUGAAGUAUGUUA